CUCUGUAAUCGAGCAAAUCGGAGCAACCCCACAACACCAACAAUCAAAAGGAUUAGCACAGACAUUCAAGUAAAGACACACACAAUUUGCGUCAGUCAGGGGUUAAGCUCCAGUCCAGUCCCAGUCCCAGUCGCAGACGUAGUCCAGUCGAAGCUAAAGUCAAAGUUCAAGUCACAGUCGGAAUUGGAAUUACGAUUCGCACGCACUGAAAUGGACUUUAAGGAAUAUCGCCAGCGGGGCAAGGAAAUGGUUGACUACAUAGCCGACUAUCUGGAGAAUAUACGCGACCGCCGCGUUUUUCCCGACGUCAGCCCCGGCUAUAUGCGUCAACUGUUGCCCGAAUCGGCGCCCAUCGAGGGCGAACCCUGGCCAAAGAUAUUCGGGGAUGUGGAGCGCGUCAUUAUGCCGGGCAUAACCCAUUGGCAGAGUCCGCACAUGCACGCCUACUUUCCGGCUCUGAACUCGAUGCCGUCCCUGCUGGGUGACAUGCUGGCCGAUGCCAUCAACUGUCUGGGCUUCACCUGGGCCAGUUCGCCGGCAUGUACAGAGCUGGAGAUCAUAGUGAUGAAUUGGCUGGGGAAAAUGAUUGGACUGCCGGAUGAAUUUCUCCACUUAAGCAACAGCAGCAAGGGGGGCGGAGUGCUGCAGACGACGGCCAGCGAGGCAACGUUGGUGUGCCUGUUGGCGGGACGGACUCGCGCCAUUCAGCGUUUCCAUGAACGCCAUCCUGGGUACCAAGAUGCGGAGAUAAAUGCUCGGCUUGUCGCCUAUUGCUCUGAUCAGGCACACUCGAGUGUGGAGAAGGCUGCUCUGAUUGGACUCGUGCGUAUGCGUUACAUUGAGGCGGACGAGCAGCUGGCGAUGCGCGGCAAACUGUUGCGCGAGGCCAUCGAGGAUGACAUUAAGAAGGGUCUGGUACCGUUCUGGGUUUGCGCCACGCUGGGCACCACCGGCUCCUGCUCCUUCGACAAUCUGGAAGAGGUUGGCGUUGUGUGUCGGGAGCAUAAUCUAUGGCUGCAUGUGGACGCCGCUUAUGCUGGCAGCGCCUUUAUUUGUCCAGAGUUCAGGACCUGGUUGCGAGGCAUCGAACGUGCCGAUUCCAUAGCCUUCAAUCCGUCCAAAUGGCUGAUGGUACACUUCGACGCAACGGCCCUGUGGGUGCGCGAUAGCGCGGCCGUGCAUCGGACCUUCAAUGUGGAGCCGCUGUAUCUGCAGCACGAGAACUCGGGUGUAGCUGUGGACUUUAUGCACUGGCAGAUACCACUAAGCCGUCGGUUUCGGGCGCUUAAGGUCUGGUUCGUGCUGCGCUCCUUUGGAAUUAAGGGGUUGCAGCGCCACAUUCGAGAGAGCGUACGUUUAGCGCAGAAGUUCGAGGCUCUUGUGCUGGCCGACCAUCGUUUUGAGCUGCCAGCGAAGCGACAUUUGGGUCUUGUGGUGUUUCGCAUACGUGGCGAUAAUGAGAUCACCGAGAGACUCCUGAAGCGCCUCAACCAUCGCGGCAAUCUGCACUGCAUCCCGUCCUCCCUGAAGGGACAGUAUGUCAUACGGUUUACCAUCACGUCGACGCACACAACGCUUGAUGAUGUGGUGAAGGACUGGAUGGAGAUACGACAGGUGGCUACGCUGGUGCUCGAGGAGAUGAACAUAACAAUUUCAAACCGCGUCUACUUGAAGGAUACUAAAGAGAAAAAUGAGGCCUUCGGUUCCAGUCUGUUGCUUUCGAACUCGCCGCUCUCACCGAAGGUCGUUAAUGGUUCCUUUGCGGCCCUGUUCGAUGCCGAUGAGUUUCUGGCUAAGACAUAUGCGGGCAUACGCAUAGCACACCAGGAGUCGCCGUCCAUGCGACGACGCGUGCGCGGCAUUCUCAUGUCCGGAAAGCAGUUCUCGCUGGACUCGCACAUGGAUGUUGUGGUGCAGACUACCCUCGACUGUAGCAGCAACGAGACAAGCGACACUCAGGUGGACUCUUAUGGACGCACCUUGCUGCGUGCCGUCAGACGAAACGACACCCAAGAAGCUUGCAUACGCGAGGACAAGGAGGAGGAAUCUGCGGAAGGUAUGCGGCCCAGGUAG